AAACUGAACCGUUCGUAUUGUGAUGCUUUAGUCUGUAACUUUACGUCAAGCUAUCUUUAAUGGCUAAUGAUUAUGUUGGUAACCUACAACAAGCUAACGGGAAACUCCUAGUAUUUGUAAUCUACAGUUCACUUCCCAACUCAUGACACAGGUUAAUCGUUAUCUAUAAGGAUUGUGUCUUUUAUGCCAUGCCGGUGACUUGGAUAGCCUGAUGUUUCAGCACACGAUUGGGCGUAGGACCACAAAUUAACGCCAAGAGGUUUAGAGAUGUCGGAACCUAAAUCACCUACCCCUACCCCUGGCGACACGUACAAGGGUUGGCUCUUCAAAUGGACCAACUACAUAAAAGGUUACCAGCGGCGGUGGUUUGUUUUGAGUAAUGGCCUUCUGUCUUAUUACAGAACCCAGGCAGAGAUGGGACACACAUGUAGAGGGACCAUCAACUUGGCCACGGCCAACAUUGCUGUGGAGGACUCUUGUAACUUUGUAAUUUCGAAUGGCGGGGCCCAGACCUACCACCUGAAGGCCAGCUCGGAGGUGGAGCGGCAGCGCUGGAUCACCGCGCUGGAGCUGGCCAAGGCCAAAGCAGUCCACAUGCAGGCCGAGUCCGGUGAGAUUGCGGGGAAACCAUUGAAUAAUCCCUCGUACAUAAGGCUCUUGAUGAAUGAUUAUGCUCAUACUUUUUUUCCCACAGACGACUCUGGCGACGAAGGUCCCACAUCGCCGCCUACCUCCGCACCAAGCGGAAGCAGUCGAAAUAUGGAGGUCCAGUCGACUCUUCGCACACUGGGCUGUAAGGUGGAGGAUCUUUGCACCUGCAAUGACCUCAUCACCAAGCAUGGCACUGCUCUGCAAAGGUCCUUGUCAGAGCUGGAAGGGCUCAGCAUACAGGGGCCCAUGGGCGACAAAAUCAAACAGGUGACGGAGAGAGCCACGCUGUUCCGCAUCACCUCCAACGCCAUGAUCAACGCGUGUAGAGACUUCCUCGGCCUGGCCCAGACCCACAGCAAGCGCUGGCAGAAAGCCCUGCAGGCGGAGCGGGACCAGAGAGUACGUCUGGAGGAAACCCUGGAGCAGCUGGCUAAGCAGCACAACCACCUGGAGAGGGCCUUCAGAGGGGCCACAGUGCUGCCCUCUUCGCUCAGCAACUCAGCCAUGGACAACAAGGGGUCUAGCGACUCAGGAAAGGGGGACGCCAGUGAUGAGGAUGACGAGAACGAGUUCUUUGAUGCCAUGGAAGACCCUUCAGCCUUUAUCACUGUCCCCGCCGACCCUAAAUACCAUAGGAGGUCUGGCAGCAACGCUAGUGGGAUAAGUUGCAGUGACCUUGGAAUGGACGAUCAGUCGUUUGAUGAACAGUCUCUGACAUCCAAUCCCGAGUCUCCCCAAUCUCUGGAGUUGGAGCCAGUCAGACAGAGGCGGACCCGUGUUCCAGACAAGCCCAAUUACUCCCUCAACCUAUGGAGCAUCAUGAAGAACUGCAUUGGCAAAGAGCUGUCAAAGAUACCCAUGCCCGUCAACUUCAACGAGCCUCUGUCCAUGCUCCAACGCCUCUCGGAGGACCUGGAGUACUACGAGCUCCUCGACAAGGCGGCCAAAUGCCAGAGCUCCCUGGAGCAGCUGUGCUACGUGGCGGCCUUCACCGUCUCCUCGUACUCCACCACGGUGCACCGCACGGGGAAGCCCUUCAACCCCCUGCUGGGCGAGACGUACGAGCUGGACCGGCUCAAGGAGUGCGGCUACCGCUCCCUGUGUGAACAGGUGAGCCACCACCCCCCUGCCGCAGCCCACCAUGCUGUCUCAGAUCGGGGCUGGACCCUCAGACAGGAGAUCUCCCUGGCCAGCAAGUUCAGAGGGAAAUACCUCUCCAUCAUGCCUUUGGGGUCCAUCCAGUGCUUAUUUGAGAAGAGUAACAACCAUUACUCUUGGAAGAAGGUUACCACUACAGUGCAUAACAUCAUCGUGGGGAAACUGUGGAUUGACCAGUCCGGAGAGAUAGACGUGGUGAACCACCAGACAGGAGAUCGCUGCCACCUCAAGUUCGCCCCCUACAGCUACUUCUCCAGAGAUGUGGCCAGAAAGGUCACGGGUGUGGUGACAGACAAGGACGGUAAGGCCCACUUCGUUCUGUCCGGGACGUGGGACGAGAAGAUGGAGUUCUCCAGAGUGAUGCAGAGCAGCAAAGGAGAGAACGGCACGGAGGGCAAACAGAGGACCGUGUACCAGACGCUGAAGUCCAAAGAGAUCUGGAAGAAGAACCCUCUGCCGGAGGGAGCGGACACCAUGUACUACUUCUCCUGCCUGGCGCUGACCCUGAACGAGCCGGAGGAGGGCGUGGCGCCCACCGACAGCCGGCAGCGGCCCGACCAGCGGCUGAUGGAGGCGGGCCGCUGGGACGAGGCCAACGCCGAGAAGCAGCGGCUGGAGGAGAAGCAGCGCACGGUCCGCCGCGAGAGGGCGGCCGCCGUGGUCGCCGCCCCCCCCGAGGAGGGGGAGGGUGAGGGGGAGGCUGAGGCCGAGGCCGAGACAGAUGAAACUGGCACGGAAGCAAGUGAGAAUUCAAACGAAACAAACCCAGAGGAUUCUCCGCCUAACACGCCUCUUGCAUCUUAUCAAGGACCACACCCAUCCUAUCUAUCCGAAGGCUUGGAAGAUCCCUAUGGUGCGCCCAUCAAAUGUGCCCAGCACAUCGAUAACUAUGAAGCACUUUGGUUCAAGAAGAUAGACGACCCCGUCUCGGGAGAGAGCUUGCACGUCUACAAAGGAGGCUACUGGGACGCCAAGGAAGAAGGAUCCUGGGACAUGUGUCCUGACAUCUUCUGAUGGAGGAAGCUAACCACCCCUCUACUCCCUGCUGCGGAGCGGAUGCAGAUACAGUACACACACUAGAGGAGAGAGACAAAGAGGAUUAACCAGAUGAUAUGUACAGGGUCCCUCUGAGAAAAGCACAAUUACUUCCAUUUUCAUUUUCUAAAGCCCUGGUUUAUGAGAAUGAGGAAGUGAGAGGGUGGAAUAGAUUCUAAUGACCACACAUGAAAAGUUCUAGGUUGAAAAGUUCAAUACUGCCGUGUGAAAAUAAACAAUGGCCUCAAUACCUUUUUUUUUUUUUUUAUGAUAAAUGUACACACUUGUACUAGAUCAACAACCCAUCUCUAAUUGUUGUUUACAGUUUUUCAAAAUAUAAAGAAACUACCCUCUGAGUUUAACAUAGCAAUGGGGGAAAUCACCACCUACAUGAGAUUACUACCACUUGGAUAUUAGACUUAGAGUAGGGACAUCCUCUUCCUCUGCAAAACAAGACUCACUGUGGCAGUUAAGGCCCCGAAGUACAUCAAACAAAAUCUAAAUCUGCGUGUUCACAUAGGCUGUCGAUCACACAGAUUUCAGCAAGGUGCAAUAUAUUCAGUGGGUUUGACUAAUGCGCAUAUCACGGUAAGACGCAAUCAUUCAAGUGUCAUUGUCGACCAGUUGCAGGCAGUGGUGUGUGUCAGGGGCUUGUGGGGAAAAUGUUGACUAUUUGAGUACCCUGCACACGCCGAUUACGAAUUUGUUUGAAGUAUAUCAAAGCCUUAACACUUUUUUGCACAACUAUGUUUUUGACCUGCAUCUCUCUUGACUGUACACAAAUUCUAAUCGUCUGUUUGUAGUUUAACCUAUAGCAUUAUCCUAUAAGUCUCUGAGGGAAAAUGUAUAUGUUCAUGUAGAAGUGUGUGUGUGUGUGUUUUCAGGAGGGUAAAUAUUAGAUUUAAAAUAUAUUUGUUUUAAAUCUUCUAUUCUUAUUUUUCUUUCAGUUUACAUUUCACAUGUCCUUCCUGAAACCUAAUAUUAUUUAUUUAUAGAAGAAAAUUCAGAUUAUUAUAUUCUAUCCUAGUGAUGUAUACAUUUGAUUGGAAAUACUUUGUGUGGAGUGAUAGUUUUAACUGUGUGCUCCUUGUUUUCAAUCAAGUUUGAUCGAUGAUUGGAGAGCUGUUUUAUAUUAAAAGUGUACUUAAACACAAAUUUUGGAAAAAUAAGUUAUAGAAUGUUGGUGUGUGUGUGUGUGUGUGUGUGUGUGUGUGUGUGUGUGUGUGUGUGUGUGUGUGUGUGUGUGUGUGUGUGUGUGUGUGUGUGUGUGUGUGUGUGUGUGUGUGUGCGCGCAUUAACUACUAGCUGGGCUAGCUCUUUAUAAUGAAAGAUUGUCUUCAUUAGUAUAGUUGUGUGUCCCUUUCUGUAAAGCAUAAAGUGUGUUGAACACAAUCGAACAAUUAGUUGUAUUCAAUGUCCUACUCAUGUUUUUCCUUUUAAUUUUCUAUAUAAAUGAUCUUGUGUAGCAGUUAUUAGUCUUGCCGGGAAUUUGUGUCUUUUUUUUACUUUACUUUUACUUUUCCUUUACAGUCUUGCUCCUCUAUCAAUUUGUAUAUUCUGUAUGCAACAUCUGUUUUUGCUUCCCUACAUUUCUUAGUCCUAUUUUAUGUCACAAACACAAAAAUAUGAAAUAUCUUUACAAUCAUUGUAUCAUUGUACAAUCAUUUGUAAUUGGUAUUUUAUUACAGCAAAUCACAUUCAUUGUUUAUGUUUAAUUGAUUGUAUUGCACAAUCGUUGUAGAAUACUAAACAACAUAAGGAACACAUUGUGUGGGCUAAAUUGGCCAUAUACAACAACUGAAUAUUUUAUAUUUAGAUCUUGUAAAAUGGUUGUUUAUUUCCUAACCUACCGUUUGUAGGAACAAUGUUCAUGCCAUGUCUAUAGUAAAGGAUGCAUAUAGUAACAACAA